UAUAAAAAUAUUAAAAUAUUACUACAAAAAACAAUUGAAACUUGCAUUGAGUACUCGUAUACACUUGUCUGUUUCUUCAAGUGAGUAAAAUAUGGCUUAUAUUAUUACCUCUACAACAUUUGUUUCCAUAAUGCAAUAAGUUGAUCACCCCUUCUCUUUUAUAAAAAUAAUAAUCUUGUACCGUCGCUCAAGAAAUAGAGAAAAAAAAGAAGAGGCAAAGAAAAAUGUUUAAAAAGUUGCAAAGUCAAUUUAAUGCGAAAAUGCGUUAUAAGUCUUUUUCAGAGAGAAAAAAAAAACAUUAAAAAUUUCACUUCAUUAAUUUUUCGUGCUCAUCCGCGCCUUUCUCAUGGGUAUAAUGUUUUUUCCACGUCUUGAAAUCGAUGGUCUCUAUUCGCAAUUUAGCACAUUGCGUGCGAAAAGUGUGAAAACGCGUAAGGGCGCAAUUUGCGACACUUUUCUUCCCUCGCCGAGGAAGAAUUUAUGUGAGAUAGUAGCGGGAAAGCAAUUAUGGUGUUUUCCAUUACCCCGUGCCUUUUCUACGAGACUUUUUUCAGUCGUCGUCGAACCUCCGAAGUAAAUGGAGUGCCCUCUGAAUCGGUAUUACAGCUUGAAUCGUCUCCUGCUUUCCAUAAUCGGGCUAUGGCCUUAUCAGAGUGCGAUAAAUGCUUGGAUCCUUCGAGUAUUAACAAUGGCGAUUUUGAUUUGGUUUUUAAUCGCUCAGACAGCUAAGAUUUACAUGACGGAAUUAACUACAGAUUUUGUACUCGAUGUUCUGCCCAUUAUCAUUCCUCAUGUUGGUAUAAUGGUAAAAUUUUUAAACCGCAUAGUGAACAUGAAUGAAAUGAAAGAUUUACUCGACCGAAUUAAAGUGGAUUGGGAACGCACAAGCUCUCAAGAUGAGAUUAAAAUUAUGCAAACAUACGCCGCGGCUACAAGAAAAAUGUCGAUAUCGUUUUCGUGCACCGCGCAGAGCAGUUAUUCGAUGUACCUUCACCCAAGGCUCGAUCUGUUCGUGAAACUGGAGAAGAUCAUAGAAACGUUCUUCUUUUUAUCGAAGAUCAUCGCAAAGUCAUACAGUUAGUAAUCUUUUGACAGUGUCGUAUUAUACAUACUUGCCUAUUCGUACGUGUUUUGAAUGAAUGUGGUAUGUGUAUUUCUACGAAACCGGAUAACGCGAUAGCAUGAUAAUGACAAAAACAAAAGAACAAUCGUUUCUCUUCUAGGUGUGCCGAAUAAAUAUGGCACUGCAAGUGCCAUAUUUAUUAAGUUUUUUUAUCAAAAUUAACACGUGAUCGUGCAUUAUUAACUCGCGGAUGUUAUUUUUUUUCUUGCAAUCUAAGGUUCGUGGACGUUAUACAAUCGUGCUACAGUCUACUCAUCGUCGCUGAAUUUUUAGUUUUAAUAAUUCUAAUAGGCAUCACGCUGGUACAAGUGAGUGUUCGCACAUUUAAUUAAUGUAUUUAUAUAUUAUGCCCGUGCCAAGCGAUUAACACGCAACAUAAGAUUUGCGAAUCAAGGAAGUUAGAAUCAGCGUAGCUACACAUUUUGCUCUUUAGAUAACUAAGUUCUCCGGAACGGAUCGGCCGGUUAGAUCCAUAGCUUACGUCAUUGGACAAUUAAUUUAUCUGUUUAUGAGUAGCUACAUGGGUCAGCAUCUAAUUGAUACAAGCGCACAGAUGUCCAUGAAGGUGUGAGUAUCGCUACGUAUAAUGGUAAACGUAAACGCACAUUUUGAUCCCCGAGUUUGAGCCCGAUCGUUCAUUACGAAAGAAAAGUAAAAGACUCACUUAAUCUACAAAUAAUAAAAUAAUAACAAAUACAUUUUUACUGGAAAAUUUGAUCACUGAUGUCGGUGUAAUUCUAGAUAUUUCGCAAAGUGGCACAAUAUGUCUAUAUGGAAGCAAAAGAUAAUGUUGUUCAUUAUGAUGAGAUGUAUGCGAACGGUUUCCCUUAAUUUGUAUAGCGUCUGUCCCGUGAAUUUAGAAAAUUUUUCAGCGGUAAGCGAUAUUGGCGAUAUCAGAAUUCUAUCAAGUCCCCCCUUAUCUAAUAUUAGCGUGAAUUUUGUUUUAAGAUUGUGCAGCAAGCUAUAUCGAUCUGUAUGUUGCUGAGACAUAUGUCAUAAACAAUUUGGAUAAUAGUGCUCGUGUAUGUAAUCAAUGUAUACCAAAUUAUCGCAAUACAUUCUUUGCGUGAUGA